AUGUGGAUUAUACGCAAAUUUCUUGGAUGUAUUCUGUUGCUGGGAGGAUUCGGUGCAGUAUCUGGGGAACCAAUCACAUGUGCUUAUUACAGAAAUGAAAACGACGAUAGUACGCUUGAAAUUCAUGCAGAUUUUGGUAUUCUAGACAUGGUGACCAAUACUACGAUAACAUGCACUGAAACGGAAGACCCACCAUAUUGCUUUACUGCCUGGAAAGAACACUCUCAGGAAAACAAAAAUAUCAUUCUUCAAGGUUGUUGGCCUUACACAAGCGGAACUAAACCAUGUAUUGGCGGAUCUGAUUGCGUUGCAACGGUGAACAAAGUGAGCAACGAAACAGUACAAUUUUGUUGCUGCGAGGGGGACUUAUGCAAUAUGAAUGUGUCUUCUGUUUAUGUACCUGCCACUGUGUCCCCAGAUAGUAUCCUUCCAACUCAAGAUUACAUCGUAGACAAAAGAAUAAAUUAUAGAGAGGAAACAAUCAUCAUUGCCUUGGCAUCGGUUUGUGCUGUCGCUAUAGUUACUGUCGUCGUUUAUCUUGCGUAUCGUCUAUGUCUUGGGUCGCGGAAAAUGAACAUGUCAAAUGGAUCCAUUGAUGAUACCCGGUCAUCUUCACCGUCGUUUGAUGUGGAUAAUCUUAAACUCAUGAACAAAGUCGGCACUGGACGAUUCAGUAACGUUUGGAAGGGAUCACUGAAUGAAUCACCAGUCGCAGUUAAAGUUUUUCAAGCUCCUUAUAGACAAUACUUCCUGAACGAACGUGAAAUUUACUCACUCCCAUUCAUGGAUCACAAUCAUCUUCUUCGUAUGAUCGGUGCCGAAGAACAGUAUGUUGGAACGAUACGGUACAUGUCACCCGAGGUCCUGGAUGGAGCGGUCAAUUUACGUGAUUGUGAGGUAGCAUUGAAACAAGUUGAUGUGUAUGCAAUGGGACUUGUGUUGUGGGAAAUAGCCACUAGAUGCUAUGAUCUUUUCCCAGGUGGUCCUGUACCAGAAUAUGAACUCCCUUUCAUGUCUGAAAUUGGUAGCCACCCAUCAUUUGAAGAUGUACAAGUGUUUGUAUCCCGAGAGAAAAGACGUCCAGCAUUUCCAGAUGCAUGGAAAAAGAACCAUCAUGCUAUUCGUUCACUGAAAGAAACAAUGGAAGACUGCUGGGAUCAGGACGCUGAGGCCCGAUUGACAGCGCUGUGCGUUGAAGAAAGGAUGAUGGACCUGAUGAAUUUGUGGGACAAAAAUCAUUCUGUUAGCCCAACUGUGAACGCUACCUCCACUGGUGGUACUGGUACAACGCAAACACUGACUGAUCAUACUGGAAACACAAAUCAGAAUCAACGGGGUGUUGUUGGCGGCGUUGGAGUUGUCAGCAUGACAGAUGUUAUGGAUCAUAAUAGUAACUUCACAAGUAGCGACCGUACAAUGGGUCGUACACAGCAUUUGCAAGAAGUGCCAAGAACUGUUCACAGAGAGGAAGCACUCUUAGACCGAAAUGCCAAUGUGGAACGAGCAAUGUCACAGCGUCGAGCCUUGCUUGCAGAUCACUCAACAUCAACAAGUUCUACUGCCGAAAAGAACGUGUUAAGUGGUCUAGGCUUGGAUCGCCAUAGCAAUCAUCUGUCCCCUGAUACCAUAAGUACAAGUCUUUCAGCGACCUCUGAUAUUAACCUUGGUGAAUUCAGUUGUGCUCAGUCUGUUGACCCCAAAAACUUACACCACUCGGAUGAAGACGUUCAAGGAGCAACUACAGAUUUGAAGUUUAGCGGUGGCUAUGGACCCUGCCUAGAAUAUUCGGCACACAGUGAGCCAUCCACAUCACCCAGCAGACCGCUUAUGUUGUCAGAGAUGAGACCUAGCUUGGCAAGAGAUCUUAUGACCGAUAACCUUUCUAAUUCGCACACAAGUGUACGACCCAAACAACAGAAUACUGGACACAAUUACCAUGGUAACCCACCUUGGGGUCAGAUGACAGUUAAUCAGGCACGAGCACGUACUGGUAGUCAAGGAAAGUUUAAGGUAGACACAAACCGACACCGAGAACAGUUAAUUGCGCAAAGACGCCAUCAUUCAGUCGAUAGCCGACCAGCUCAGCUGCAGCCUGGAAUGAACAUUGGUGGGCGCUUGAUCAACCCGCUGAAUGUCAAUGAAUUUGAAGAACUUAAUAGACAGGCAGAGAAUGUCCCCCAACAACGUAGUAAUUCUCCACUAACACUCCCAGAUAAUCCCACAUUGAGUUACCACGAUGACCGUGUCAAGCGACCAACAUCUUUAGCUCUGAGUGCUGGCUUGAAUGGGAUGAAAAAAAAACUUGUGGCUAUGUAUGUUCCCGGUCGUAGUUCAAAAAGUGGCGUCCAAACAGGAAUUGCCAAAAUGGAGGCAAGUGACCCACACUGCCACCAGGCGACAGUUGCGCACAAUGACCGAACAUCAAAAGGCAGGGGAAACAUUAGCAACAAAGUUGUUAAACAGGCAUCAACAAAAGUUGAAAUCACUCAACAGCCAGAGAGGUUAGCUACUGCAGCUGUCCAACAACAUCAGCCGAGUGGACGAUUGCGAAAAGAUGGAUAUGAGUUGGUGAGCACACAGUCCGAUGGUGACGAUCGAAAACAAACCCCAGCUGUUGUUCCUCGACCAACUGCUGUAACACAGUUAUCUCAAAAUUCUUUGGAAGGUUCACAUUCGCCAAGUAAGGUGGACAAGAAAAAUAAAAGACGGGGCACUCCCUAUAAACUUUUAGCAGGCAGGUUUUCAUUACACGAGGACAGUAAAAGUGAUAUAAAUUUCAGGGAGAAUGGAAAAGGGAAAGACAGAAGGAAAGCAGUCAGUGUUGACAUUGAUUGCAUGAAUACGUUAUCCUUAUCAAGCACUGAUCUCAACAAAGUACAUAUACCGAAUACACCACCGAUUGGAAGUAGCCAAUCAGAAAGCUCCUUACAUCAGAAUGGUAACUCAGUACAGUGUCCUAAUAACAAAGUCACUCUUAUUGGACAAGCACAAAAUGUGACCUCACCACCGAAUAAUAGUACAAACAACAACACAGCUCUCGAAAAUAAAGUGAAUUCACAAAAUUGUGAAAAAAUACCCAACGGCGUUAUUAAGUCUCCAGUUAUUUCUAGUAGUCAUAUGAUAACCAUGGCAGACGGGCAGUAUCAGCUGAACGAUAUCCAGGAAACAGUCGUAAAACCACCGCCAAAUACCAUUGAAAGAAGUGAUGAUGUGUCAUUCAGAGUCUCUUGUCUUUAA